CUAUUUUUGUGACUCGUCAACAACAUGGCGAUCAUGCAAAGGUGUAGUCGUUGGACAGUUAGCAUUUAGCAUUCGAACACAUUCACUGAGCUUGUGAUCAGCGUACAUAUCUCCCACUCAUCUCAAAUCUUAGACAGCCUUUUACAGCAGAAUGGAAACCCAUUAUUACAAACUCCAUCUGCCGCCUCGGAAAAAUAGAUCGACGUUUACAAAUUUGGUCUCAUCACAAGUCAUUGAAAGAGAUAUUGACCCCAAGAGAACCCCAAGACUGGAAGGUGAUGGCAUGGAAUAUGUUGAACUACGUGAACAGUUACUGAAUGCUGACCAGCUGAGUCCUGACAGCUCAGUAGAUCUAUCAUUUACAUCGUUAUUACCAGAUAUCAAACAGUCCUUACAGGAUGAACAGCUGAUAAAAAUUGUCACUUUGGAGAAUGAUGUGAAGAAGUUAGAAAAGGAAAGAAGUAUGCUUGACUCCAAACUGCAAGAACAGAUAAAAGUCAAUAAAGAAAUAAAACGACUACUUGUGGCAUCAGUUGGAGCUGAUCUCUACCAGCAAUUAGAAGAUUUAUCUCGGGAUAAAUUACGACUGGCCGAAGAUUUAGAAAAUACUAUCAAGACAUUGGCAGAGGAAAGGGAAUCUGCUCAACAGCUAGGCAUACAAUGUGAUGUGUGGAGAAGUAAAUUUCUUGGAAGUCGAGUUCAACUUGAUCAAUUAAUUGAUUGGAAAUCCAAGUCAAAUAUGAUGUAUGAAGAAGCAAAGUUGAGUAUUAAUAAGUUACUGAAUGAAAGGGAUGAAAUUCGGACUCAUAUGAUGGACACUAACAAAAAUCUUCAGUACUUGUCAGAUGCUUUACAACGGAGUCACACAUUAUCUCAUGAUUCUACUGAACUGUGCAGUAAUAUUCUUACACUUGGACUCAUCAAUCAUCAACUGUCUAGCACUAUAUCUCAGCAUUUAUUGGGGGAUGUCAACCAGGGUAGUAAAAAGAACACAAGUAAGAUACAAAGUCAUCCAGUCUCAGCUAGUUGUACAAAUUAUAUUGAAUGGACACCAGCAGAGAUGAUGGCUAAAGAUAUACUACUUAAUAAAAAGAUUCAUCCUGCUUGUACUGAAGAUUUCCAGUCAACUAAUUCUCCUAAACGUCAAGCCAUGAAGAUUAACAGAUUUCAUCCACUUACAAACUAUGAAAACUUAACAAUAAAUUGCUGCCCAUAUUGUACAGGUGAUAUCAAGGUGGUUUAAGAUGUUAUCACUCUAAUUUAUUUGUAUCUUUUAUUUAUUUAUUAUAUUGUGUUAUUUAUUUGUAAUCACAAACUAUAGUACAUGUAUCUUAAACCUUGGUAGGAAGAAUUGAUGAACCCCCCUCCCCAUGGUGUUGCUUGUCAAAAUAAAUUUAGUAGCAGCAGCAGUUUUAAUGUGUGUUUUUUUUUGUCAUAGACCAAAUGCAAAAAAAUAACCAGGCUUUGACAGAAUCAUGAAUCAAGGAAUAUACAGGGAAAAUGUGUGUUCUGUUGUCAUUAUAAUUUUCAUGGUUACAAAAACUUCCAAAUUUGUGAUUUUAAUAAUCGCUUUAUCAAACUUUAUAUUAUCUUUUUGUCUUGCAUGAUAUGGGUGAAAAUAAGCAUAUGAUAAUUUUAAUUGGUAAUAUUUUUUGCUAUUUCCACAAUUUUAGUGUUCAGAUUUAAAAUUAUUAAUAUGGUUAAACAUAAUCAAUUCAAAUUCAAAUCAAAUUUGUGUGAUGUACAUUAAUUCCUGCAGUAAUUUUUAUUUUUGUUUAGCUCUGCUGUCGUCAAAGUCGACACAGCGUAACUGUUCAUAUUAAUGAU